GCCUUCUUCCCGAGAAAACGUUGAUGGGUUGACUCGAUGUCUAAUUAAACGACCGACCCUCCACAAGCUUACUUACGCAGCGUAAUAGUAAAUAAAUAUUAAAUAAUUGUCUGGUGUUGGGUGUGUUGGGUUUGGGAAGUUGGACGGACACCAUUUCGUCCCUUUUCUCCAACUCUCCCAACCUCCUUAGCCACACUUCCAGCCCGUUUUAAGCCACCAACAUCUCCCAACCGAACUUGAACCCCACUAGGCCAGAUAAAGACUAGUGGGCUACAUCACCUGACAUUAGCGGCGGCUGGCGGCUGGCUCUGGCGGCUCUCUCGGUAGAUCGGAAAAGGCUCUCUUCCGGCAGCCAAACAGCCGCUCCCCCGUAUCGACCAUCACGACCCGGGGAACGUCAAGCCCUGAUCCCUGAUUGUCCUCAUCCGCUUCUAAUUCUCCUGCCCGCUAGACAGCCUUUGGUUAUUUCCUUUUCGUCGCACAAAGACCAUGUCCACGCCAUCGGGCUAUUUACUUGUCCUAUAACUCAUUCCAAGACCCGACCCGACCCACUGCAUAGUACAACACAUACCAGGGCGAAAUCCCCCCCCCCCCCCCUCCCCCCGAGUACCACUAUACUUGUUGCGUCUCCCUAAAGGCCUACUAAACACCACUCUCACACUAUAGACGGACACUCGGGAAACGGUGAUGCCAGUUUGAUUCACUCAAUGGGUGUCAUACGGAAGAAGACCGCUGCGCGCGGUACCGAAGGUGGAACAAAAUACCAUUGCGACGUUUGCUCUGUGGAUGUCACCUCGACGGUGCGCAUUUCUUGCGCGCAUAGUGCCUGCCAUGAAUAUGAUCUGUGCGUCCCAUGUUUCGCCGCCGGCGAAAGCUCAAAGAAUCAUGAUCCGCGAACACACCCAUACUACGUCAUCGAGCAAAACUCGGUUCCUAUCUACCAACCUGACUGGGGCGCAGAUGAAGAGUUAUUGCUAUUAGAAGGCGCGGAAAUCUACGGCCUAGGAUCAUGGGCAGACAUUGCUGAUCAUAUUGGCGGCUACCGAACAAAGGAAGAAGUACGCGACCAUUACAUCGAAACUUAUAUCAACAGUUCCAAAUUCCCUCUCCCCGAACGCGCUGAUCCCAACGACAAAACUCUACAAGAACAAAUAUCGAAAGAGGAGUUCCAGGCUCGCAAAAAGCGACGAAUCGAAGCUCGAAAAGAGGCGGCACGGGUCGCCCCUCCUGCAACACCAAAGCAAAAGCCCACGGCCUCUGUACCCGCCUGCCAUGAAGUCCAGGGGUAUAUGCCAGGCCGUCUCGAAUUCGAGACGGAAUUCGCAAAUGAAGCUGAGGAAGCGGUGCAACACAUGUCAUUUGAACCCGGUGAUGGCCUAAACGCGAAUGGGGAAAUGGACCCGGAAAUGGAACUUAAAAUGACCGUGAAGGACAUUUACAACUCCCGUCUUACCGCCCGAACGGAACGUAAGAAAAUAAUAUUCGAACACAACCUAUUGGAAUACCGCAAAAAUACCGCCCAAGACAAGAAACGGACAAAAGAAGAACGCGAACUCCUCAACAAAGCAAAACCAUUCGCCCGCAUGAUGAAUCAUGAAGAUUUCGAGGAAUUCACAAAGGGCCUCGAAUACGAACAUAACCUCCAGCUCGCAAUAGCCCAACUACAAGAAUGGCGAACGAUGGGAAUCGGCGAUCUGAAAAGCGGAGAGAAGUACGAGCAAGAAAAGCAGCAGAGAGCCCAACGCGCAAUCCCGCAGGGAGCCUUUGAUAGAAUGGCGGGCACACGCCCCAAACCAUCACAGAUCCCAGAUACUCCUUCCGCCGCCACACAAUUAACAAUGCCAGAACUACCCCUUCGCCUCCAACGCAACGGAACCCAACAGAAACAACAAGCCCCCGUCUCCACCUCCUCCGGCCCCGAACCAGCAUCCGCUCUACCCUUGAACGACUUCGAUAAAAUGUUCGCUACCACCGAGAUGAACGGGACGUCGACUCCCAAACCACCCGCAAAGACGAAAUACGUCAUCCCGCCAAUAAGCGGGCUUGCGCCAUGGAAAUUGGAAAAUGACAUCGCCCCGGACCUGCACUUGCUGACGAAGGAGGAGGUGGAGCUGUGUAACAUUCUUCAUCUGCAGCCUAAACCGUAUCUCGUCAUUAAAGAGCAUAUGAUUAAAGAGGCGAUGAAGCAAGGCGGGAGCUUGAAGAAGAAAGAUGCUCGGGCGAUGUGUAAGGUCGACGUUGCCAAAUCUUCACGAAUAUACGACUUUAUGGUACAUAGCGGGUGGAUAGCGAAGGCAUAAAUAAUGAUAUGAAAGGGGGACGAAGAGAAGGAGUUGAGGGAAAGGACGGAACAUAAGAAAAUGAGACAGAAUCGAAGGAGCCAUUUUCUACCCAUUAUCAUCCCCUUUUACCGAAUUUAUUAUUAAUUAUCACCAGUAUCAACAACAUCAUCACCGUCAUUAUCAUCAUUACUACCUCACCAUCUCAUUCAGAACCCCUCCAUCUCCCUUAUAAUUUUAUAACCCCCAUUACCCCCCUUUCACUCUCCCUCUUCAUUUUUACUACUCUCGUGUUAAAAUUUUAUUGCCUACCUUUAACAACCAUUGAUAUCCAAUUGCACAGUGUUGCACAGCCAUCCGUUUGGUUUUUAUUUCCCAUGAAACUGUAUUUAAUCUAUUUACAGAUUUUAGGUUUAAGUUAUUUUUCCCUGUGUAAGGAAAGCAACUGCAGGCAGUGGUGAAAUUUAACUUACUUUUUUUAUUAAACCUUCGAUUAGGGGUAAGGUUUGGGUCCAAUUUCAAGCUAGGUUACUGUGUAGUAUAAGAUACCUUUUGCACAAGCUUCUCAGUAUAUAUUUAAUGAGGAAGUCGCAUAUUAAUGCGAUUUUUAUUAACCAACAAAAGCUCAUAGUAUAGUACAUAACCAAACUAUUUCAACC